ACGACAAAGAGAAAAACGGAUUUGUCAGUUUUAUUGUAUCGCGAAUAAUUUACCGAAACAAACGGCCUCCAAACAUAAACACCAGUGCAUGGACAAGGCAGCCGAGCAAGCUUUACGAUUUGCCAAGGAGUUCCAGCUUGUACACAAACUGUGUAUGGUGAUUAUGGGAAUCAGUUGGGCAUUAUGUUCUCGCCUGGUGUAAUUUGCAGCGAUACGGUGGCCCCUUUGCGCCCAUUCUACGUCUCCUACAUGGUGGAGCUCAGCGGUUCUUGAGUUGCUUUGACGAUUUCGGUUAACUCCGGUUUGAGAAGAGCUCUGCUGCUGCCAUUGCCGACGCUUUCCUAUUCACGCCGUUGCUCUCCUCCGCCAACUCACUCUGAAUGACUGUCUCUGUUGUUGGUGUUGCUGUUGUUGUUGUUCUUGUUGGCCGAUGAUGAAGUGUUGAAAAGACGGAUUUCUUUUCACCAAAGCAAUGAGUGCGAUUGUCGUGUAGGCAAUUGUCGACCUGCACAGCUACAAACACACACUCGUCUCAUACACACACACACACACACACACACACGCAGAGCACCAACAAGAGAAUGCGAACGAAUGUGAAAAGCUCUCAGUUGCAGAGAUCAGCUGUUUGGCUGACCAUUACAUCGGUGUUGCUCUGUCUGUGGGAUUUCCAUGCGUAACUGCUGCUGGCUCGGUGCGGCGCGGCGCAUUCCAUUACAAAACGAGAGGCACACCACACAUUUGCCUCCCCCAAAGCAGCAACACAAACAAGCAAACACUAGCCAGGCGGCAGCCAGCACUAGGGUGAUCCCCAACUACGCGGAGCAAGGCUGACAAACGAGCAAACUAACAUCUGAUUGUGUGCCCGAAAUACCUACGAAGCCAAACAAGACAGCAGGCAAACAAACAAACAACAAAGUUGGCAACUUUACGCGUUCACAUAGGGGCGCCGUGCCACCUGACAUUCUGAUAACUGCCGUCGCUUAGCAUCUUCAUUCAAUGGUCAGCCAGACAAUGGAACGGUUGUCGCAAUAACGGAAGAAAGCCCCCAAUCAAAAACAAUCACAAGACGCGUCCACAAUACAGCAAUGCCAGUGCCCAAAGACCGGUCGGUGGUUCGCUAAAAAUUACGUAAAAAAAUAUCUCUAGUGUUUGAAAAAGAAGAAAAAAAAACAAAAAUUUAUUACAAAAACAAAAGAUACCUUUAGAGUCGCGAAAAGCCUGAAAUAAAAAUUUGCCAUUGAAAAGUGUCCCAGAAAGUGUUUACGAAGAGCAAACAAAAAAGUAAUUGUGCUGAGAAAAGGCCUGGCCCGUGAAAAUGCUUUUUAGCCAUUCGCAUUUUAAGCAAGAAUUAGAAACGGUCGAUAGCCAGCAAAGCCAAUUCGAAAGCGAAAAUUGUGAUAACCUCGUCGUGCAUACAAUUCACGGCAAGAACAAAUUGUCCCCAAAUCCCCAAUUGAGGCGUAAAAAUUCAUUGCAUCCAUUCAAAAGUUCUAACAAUAACAACAACGACCCAAAGACUGUGAGUAUUGUUGGCAACCACAGCAACAAUAAUAGCAACAACAACAGUAGCAGCAGCAGUGUCAGCAAUAGCUUCUUAGUCCAUAACAUUAACACCACCACCAGAACGAGCUCCGGUUCCUGUAUCGGCGUCGCCACGGAUUUCUCAAUAGCAGCGAUAAUGGCAAGAGGCGGAAAUGCCUCGAGCCGCGAACCAUCGGAAAGGAGUUUGAGUCCCUUGUCGCUCGAGCGCUUUCCGGAUGGUGAAGAUGACGGCGAUGUGGAUGUGGUCGAUUGCAGUGACAACGAAUCGGCAGCCACGGCAGCUCGCCUUGCGCGGCACAACGUUCCGCCACACAUGCAAAAGUCGGCAUACAAACACCGGGUCAAUUACAGCAAUGACAGUGGCAACGGCAGCAGUAAUCACAACAACAGCUCGAACAGCAGCCGAGGCAGGGCCUCGCCACAAAGCCCCGGCCGCAGCGAAGAAGACCGCUUGUCUCCAGAGCCAGCGAAGGUAAAACGCAAAUCUUCUCCCAAAAUUGUCGGAUCCUGCAACUGCGACGAACUGUUGCCUAUCCAAUGUCACCUGGAGACCAAAGAGCUCUGGGACAAGUUCCAUGAGCUGGGCACCGAAAUGAUAAUAACAAAAACGGGAAGGAGAAUGUUUCCCACAGUGCGUGUUAGCUUUUCCGGUCCGCUGAGGCAUAUGCAACCUCCCGAUCGUUAUGCUGUUCUCAUCGAUAUUGUACCCAUGGACUCCAGGCGCUAUCGUUAUGCCUAUCAUCGCUCCUCGUGGUUGGUGGCUGGAAAGGCAGAUCCUCCACCACCCGCACGUUUGUACGCACAUCCCGAUAGUCCCAUUAGCGUGGAUGCUCUGAGAAAGCAAGUGGUCUCAUUCGAAAAAGUAAAGCUAACCAAUAAUGAGAUGGACAAAAGUGGGCAGAUUGUAUUAAAUUCCAUGCAUCGCUACCAGCCUCGCAUACAUCUGGUGCGACUAAGCCAUGGUCAGAGCAUUCCCAAUAAUCCCAAAGACCUGCAGGAAAUGGAUCACAAAACCUUCGUUUUUCCCGAGACUGUUUUUACGGCUGUGACAGCAUAUCAAAAUCAACUGAUUACCAAAUUAAAAAUUGACUCCAAUCCCUUUGCCAAAGGUUUCCGCGAUUCUUCACGCCUCACAGACUUUGAUAGAGAUCCCAUGGACUCCUAUUUGUUUGAACAGCACUUUCGGUCACCUUUGCGAUUCUUCCCCGAUCCCCUGAUGCAGCAAAUGUCUCCCCAGGAAGCCGAUGCGGCAUCUCUGGCCUUCCUGGAGAAGGCCCGCCAGCAUUUGCAGAUGUUCGGCCGUUCGCCCUACACCGAAAUGAUUUUACCUCAUCUGUAUCAACGUCCUCCGACUGCUGCUGCUCUGAAUGCCUUCAAUUUGGGAAUGUGGCAGCAACAAUGGCCCCAGCUUACAGCAGGAUUCCUAGCCAAUCAGCAGGCCGCUGCAGCUCAAGCGGCGGCAAAUGCAGCUGCUGUAGCCGCAGCCGCUUCGAGAAGGACCCCACCGCCUUUGAAUCCACCGCCGCCAGCUACAACACCCUCGUCAUCGGGCUCGGCUUCGCCAGACUUGAGAACGAAAAACUUUCACCGUUUCAGCCCCUACACGGUGCCCCAACAACAACAACAGCAGCAGCAACUUCAUUCGUCGUCAUCAUCCCAGCCCCCACCGCCUUCACGAAGUCCUCCCAACUGAUUUGAAUCGAUCGAGGAGCCAGACUCGAGACCAGCCAGUGCAAUCCUAAAAAAGUUUGAAAUUAUUUAGAAAAUAUUUUCAUCCAAAACUGUAGAAAUGUGAGCCCAGUAUUAGUUAAAUAGCAAAAUCCGUUAUUUUGUGAUGUAUAGAACACAAGCGAAAUGUAAAUAGAAUUCCGUAACCGUAUAGUCCUAAGUAAUUGUCAAUUCCCAGUGUAGAUAGUCCCCCCUCCCCCUACAAAACUAAACAGAGUUAGAAUAGUCUUAUAAUCUGCCCCACCCAUACCAUGUCUAUAUGAGGAGGUUUAUGUCGAAGUGGGAUAUUCUAAGCACCAACGGAGAGGUUUGGGAAAUGUGUAAAAGAUUUCUCGAAAAUAAAAAUCUAAAAUUAUAUACAAGAUCCGAUCAGCCAAAAAUAGUUUCGUUGGCAAGAUGAAGCCCGUUACAAGGUUUAGACAAGAAGGGAUUUUUUUCACUGCUUCACUGUUUAUUAACUCACUACGGCUCACUUUGACAUAGAAUUCUUCAUAUGUGCGACUAGAUAUGGAAGGCUCGUGCUUUACAUUAGUAGUAUUCAUAUUGAACCUCUUGGCCCUUACCUAAAGCCAACUCUCCAAUAGCAAGAAUAUCUGUGCGCUUUUUGAUUCCUUAUUGCAAAGUAUUUGUGUCUGUGUUGUAUGUCUAUACACAUCUAUGGUACGUAGGCGCGUACCAAUAUUUUUGUACGUAUAUCUGUUUGUAUGUAUGUAUUGUUCCUAAUUGUAAAAUGCAACAAAAAUUAACAACAACAACAUCAACAAAAAACAAUUGAAUAGUUUAGAUAAUGAUAUUAAAGCAUCGAUCGAUAUUGCUUGCAUGUUGCAUAAGCAAUCGAUACGCCUAAGUAAGAAGAUAUGUAUUUAGAAUUUGUUUAAUUUUUGUAAUAAUCAAUUAAGGCCUGUAAUAGAGAACAUAGUAAUUUAUUUAAAU